AUGUGGCUACAGCUCAUCUUUGAAAUGCACGUACUGCUCAGGACCAGUCAUCAGCCCUCGGCAGAAACCUGCUCCAGACAACCACAGUCAACUCCCGAGUCAAGUACCGAGUCAAGACCUAGGACUAAAAUAGCGACUUCCCGGGAUCUUUCAGUCAUGGCCCAUGCCUCCCUCACUCUCCUCCUGCUCACCGCUCUCUUCUCCCUGGCUCUCUGCACGGCUGAGGAGUGCGACAAAGUGCCCUUCGUCCCGGGACACAACCUGAUGGGUGAAGGCUUCGACAUUGUCACGCUGAAGAGGAAAGGAGCCUAUGUGGUGGAUGUCCAGACGUACAUGACCCCCAACGGGACCUGCAACACCUUCCAAAACCCUCUCCAGGGAAACCAGCUGCAGAAGCUUCCUCUCUCUGCACUGGAUUUCCGGGCAUUUACAAACUGCCGCACCGACGUGUACCACUCUACCCAAUACUCAGUCAGUGAAGUGGUCAGUACCGUGACGUCCCAGGACAGCAGCGACUGGAAGUUGGAGCUGAGCCAUGAAGACGUGGGGGGCCUGGAGGUGGGCGGGACCCGCUCUGAUUUGUACAACUUUGCAUCUGCCAGAAUGAAAGAGGACAAGUUUACUUUCAGUAUCCACCGAUCGUCAUGUACACACUACAGAUACCGGGUCUCCUCCACUCCUCCUCUCAGCUCAGAGUUCAGAAAGGAUGUCUUGCUGCUGCCCUCCUCCUACAACUCUAGCUCCAGAGUCCAGUACAGGCGGCUCAUCAACACCUACGGCACCCACUACAUCCGGCAGGCAAAUCUCGGUGGACAAUAUAGACGUCUCACUGCUGUGCGCACCUGUUUGUCUGCUCUCAAUGGCUUUUCCACUUCACAGGCCCACGGAUGUCUGUCUGCCGGCAUCAGCCUGGGUCUGGGGAAGUCUAGAGUGGGUGCUAGCUUCACGAGAUGCUCCACUCUGCUGCAAAACAACGAUGCGGCCACGUCCUCCAGCUCAGGCAUGCAGCUACACCGCUCAGAGGUGGAGGGGGGUCAGGGCUGGAACGGACAAUUCUCCCUGCUCUCCAACGACUCCCGCGGGUACAACACGUGGCUGCAAACCCUCAAAGACCACCCUGAUGUAGUGCAGUAUUCCCUCCGGCUCAUGUCUGACCUGGUGCCCCACCCACAGAAGAGCAUGCAAGUGCGAGCCGCCAUUGUGGACUAUCUGAAGGAAAACGGCAUCAGUAAGAACGACAAGAAACCGUGUGGACAGAACUGCUGUCCCAAAAGGGCGUGGAGCGGUGUGCUCACCGUGACCAUCGUCCGAGCCUGGGGCCUCAAAGGAGACCCGACAGGACGCACAGAGGGUUAUGCCAAGAUGUGGUACGGGCCGCACUUCCGCCAGACCGGAUGGAUUCGCUCAAACAGCCCGUAUUGGAACGCACACACUGGGCAGGCUGACAGUCGGUUGUGGUGGGUGUUUGUGUGGUGUGCUGAGCAUCUCUAG